ACUCUAUGGUGCUGGCGGGGCGCGGGGCUGGCCUAUGGCGUGCGGCGGCGCGAGCGCGGGGCGGGCUGGCGCAUGCGCAGUGAGAGCCGGGGCCAGGCGCACGCUGAGGCAGGAGCGGGACCAGCGCGAGACUCCGGGACCCUCUCGGCCGUUGCCAGAAUGCCGGGACUAAGCUGUAGAUUCUACCAGCAUAAAUUUCCAGAGGUGGAAGAUGUGGUGAUGGUCAACGUUCGGUCCAUUGCCGAAAUGGGAGCCUAUGUCAGCCUGCUGGAGUACAACAACAUUGAAGGCAUGAUCCUUCUCAGUGAGCUGUCCAGAAGGCGUAUUCGUUCCAUAAACAAACUCAUCCGUAUCGGGAGGAAUGAAUGCGUGGUGGUCAUAAGAGUCGACAAAGAGAAAGGUUAUAUUGACUUGUCAAAAAGAAGAGUUUCUCCAGAGGAGGCGAUCAAAUGUGAAGACAAAUUCACAAAAUCGAAGACUGUUUACAGCAUCCUUCGCCACGUUGCUGAAGUCUUGGAGUACACUAAGGAUGAGCAGCUUGAGAGUCUGUUCCAGAGAACUGCCUGGGUGUUUGAUGACAAGUACAAAAGACCGGGAUAUGGUGCUUAUGAUGCAUUCAAGCAUGCAGUCUCAGACCCUGCGAUCCUGGACAGCCUAGAUCUGACAGAGGAAGAGAGGCGGGUAUUGAUUGACAAUAUUAACAGACGUCUGACACCCCAAGCAGUCAAAAUCCGAGCUGAUAUUGAGGUUGCCUGUUAUGGUUAUGAAGGCAUAGAUGCAGUAAAAGAAGCUUUGAGGGCAGGCUUGAACUGUUCCACGGAGAACAUGCCCAUUAAAAUUAAUCUGAUAGCCCCUCCUCGUUAUGUGAUGACUACAACAACACUGGAGAGAACUGAAGGACUGUCUGUUCUAAAUCAAGCCAUGGCUGUAAUUAAAGAAAAAAUUGAGGAGAAGAGAGGUGUCUUUAAUGUGCAGAUGGAGCCUAAGGUGGUUACUGACACAGAUGAGACUGAGCUUGCAAGGCAGUUGGAAAGACUGGAGAGGGAAAAUGCUGAAGUGGAUGGGGACGAUGAUGCUGAGGAAAUGGAAGCCAAAACUGAAGAUUAAAUACUCCAGGAUAUUUAGAAGAAGCAGACCAUAUGAAAAAAUUAAAGACCCCAUUGCAAACACUCUGGACGAAAUGUUUCCAGUAUUGAAAACUUCAAAUGCAAAUACUUGAAGUGUUUUACCAUUUUGAAAAGACCAAUAUGUGAAAAGCUCUUCUUAAAUAACAUUUGAUGCAACAACUUACACAAAUUGAAUCUUCUUUGAAGCAAAGAUGCCUAGUCAAAUUGAAGGCAUAGAUCUGGCCAGAGGGAGGUGGCAGCCCUGUGCUUAGUAUUUUCAUACAUAACAAUUCCUAAUUGGUGAUUGCAGCUCAGUGCAUCUGUUAAUGAUAUUUCUGGGAGCACUAAAACCAAGCGAGCUGAACAGUUCUAUACAGAAUGUAUUUGAGCAAAUAUUCAAUAAAUUUCUGGGCUAUAUAACUCCAA